AGUAAGGAACCCUUGGUUGCAUAUUAUAUGAUACCUCCUGGCUUUCACCCGCUACAACAACAGUUUCCACCAUGAGUGAACAGAAUGAGCCUCCGAAAGAAAACAUUGUCCAGGCAUUUAAGUCCUUAAAGAAAGACGACUUUGUCCAUAUGCUUUAUCACCCCUGCUUUAAAGAAUCUGUUGUUACUAGUGUUCUUUGCGGGAUUGGAGUAGGAUGCAUCCAUUUGUUUAUGAAAGCUCCUCCUAGUAAAGCUUUAAAUUGGGGAUUCGGCACAUAUUUUGGCAUGAGUUUGGUUUCAUGGGAAGGAUGUAAUUACCGUAAGCAAUUGGAAACUCAAAACUUCAAUAUCCAAAUUCAAGAAGCGGCACAAGGAGUCCCUAAGCGCCGGACAUCUCGACCUGCUGAAAACGAUUCGACGGAUGCCUAAUUAUAUUAAAUCAUCCAUAAAACUUGACAUACCCUACAAUCGAAUUAUCACUAAUUGAAUUCAUUUAGCUCAUUUUAAAAGUUUCUUUGCUAUGGAAUAAUAAUCCAUCUUUUUGGUAUUUAGCUUGCUUGAUGAAAGAAAAAGACAUAGAGAGUGUUCCUUGUAUAAAAGAAAUAGGGGAUGACUAUUAAGAGUAUUCCAUAUCUCUAUAUCCUUCCUUUUGUUUUCCAGGGAGUUUACAAAUAGAAAACUAGAUGGAUUUCAAUUGCUUACAUCCAUUAAGUGUACCUCGUACUUCUUUAUGGACUACAAGGAUUAACUUUUAUUUUUUUUAAAAAAUAAAAAUAAAAAAGAUGUAUAUAUACAUGGAAUAUAUUUAUUGUAAUUUCAAACAUCCAAUGCAAA